AUGUCCAUCAUAGGACGCGAAGAGAAACUGGAUUUCGAUGAAUUUCCUGAGAUAACAUUGUUGGAAGGACUUUCAUUUGGUAUGAAAGUAAAUGAAGAAGAAAUUCGUAGGUCGAUCUCACCAGAAGAGGACAGUGGACUGCGUCAACCUGAACGUCGUAUAAAAGCCAAACAGCUGCAGUACAACGGGAUUCAUCCGUCCUCUUCUGGUGAGAUCGGCCUACGAAUUUUUUCUUCAUUCACUUUCAUGCCAAAUGAAAGUCCUCCCAACAAUGUUAUCUCAGGAGAUUCAUCAAAACGCAGUUUCUCUUCGCGUCAUAUGAUGGACAUAAUCAAAUUGGAACUCAUUCUUGUAAAUGUCUCACGUUUACACUACGUCAAGAAGACAUCACUCACUGACAACGUCUUCGCUUGA